CAGUAUUGGGAAGCCUCCUCGUAAGCCAUAUCAUUUAGAUUUUAUUAAGAAGCACGCUCAGGAGUGUGACUACAGUAGGCAUCGUUAUCAGUCUUUAGUCUCGGAUGUGUGCGGGCAAUACUGCGUCCUCUAUGCUCUGAAUCGGUCUCGUGGUGUGCCACUCCGAGCCUUUCUCAACAAGUUUUCAAAACGUCUUUACGACAAAAAUGACAACCUUGUGCGGCGCCUCUUUCAUCACACAUACCCAAAGUACGCUCAAAACACGGACAAGUCACCACUAGACUUUCAAAAGUGCUGCCGCCCGGCGGAAACCUAAGGACCGUCCCCCCACUCCGACCCUACGAAAUGUGGUGGGGGAAAUGUGGAGGUGGGGGGAACAGCACCACUCUGCUCUACGGCGCUGCUCCCAGACAUCAUUCUGCUCCGGACCGUCACCCACCGUAGUCGACCUGCUCCGCUGAUCACCUCUACCGCCAACCACCACCAUGACCACUGUGCAACCUGCAUUGACCGGCGCUGACGAGGGCAUCGAUGAAUGCGGAACUGGCAAGGUCCUGUGUUCGACCAAUCCUGGCCAGAAUAUUGAGCCCUGCUGGGAUGAGACCUGCCCUAAAUGCGGAAAGGAUGCGUGCAAGGAUUUGAAGAGACCUUCCUCGGAUGCUCUGGAAUCCACGCCGACGAAGAAGCUGCGGAAUAUGGAGCCCCGGAGGAUCCUACCCGUGCGUAUCGGCGACGCCGAUGGCAAAAACGAGUUUGUGAAAAACUCUGUGGCAUCGAUCCUUUCACCAACUUCUGGGGACUCGUCUGCCUCAUCCCAUUCAUUGUCUGCAUCAUCUACCUCGGAUACUUCCUCGAAACCAUUGCCACCAACUACGUCUGGCAGUACCUCAUGGACCACAGGUACGACUGACGAGCGAGACCGCUGGUACAACGACGCCACCAUGUGGUGUCACAAACUUGCCUUGGAGGGCGCCCCCGAUAACGUCAAGAAGCCGCGCUAUUCUGCCAUCCUAGAGCUCACCCUACCUCUCAACGCGUCCAAGUCUAAGCGUAUUGUAAUGGGUAUCGAUUUGGAGCGGGGCUUACUUCCAUUUGUCUCUAUUGAAAAUGCUCAGAGCAAAGGGGUUGUGCUGACCUUGAGGGAAUUUGAACUUUUGUUUGGCUUUGAGUGGAAAAUCAGUGUCAAUGCUCACAUGAAGAAUCCUUCAUAUCAGGUGCGCAACACGUACACCGAAUUCCACGAGUAUCGUUGCAGCAUGGCCGAUAGCAAGCCCGUGGUCCAAAUUUCCCCCUUGAAGGGUAAGGGAGGUUAUGUUUACCUUGGGGAGGCGACCUGGAAUGCGCUCAACAGCAUGUCGCGUCUCAUCUUUGGUUAUGUGGAAGAUCUUAGGGCGCGCAUGGAGAGCAUUCCUUGCCAAAUGUCCGUACUUUUAAGCUAUUUUCUUAAGAAGUGUGAUGAUCUGGAACUCGAUACUCUUGAUGGCAAGAUCAAUCGCAUUGCCGAUAUUUUUGACUGCUGGGUUCUCUUUUGCGAUGACUCGUACAAAUUUGUCACCUUUCACUCACUCACUCACUCACAAAUACUGCCGAUAUUUUUGACUGCUGGGUUCUCUUUUGCGAUGACUCGUACAAAUUUGUCACCUUUGGCGAGACCGAAGGCAAACAACCGUACUAUCAUGUCAUGCGAGCGGUUUGGGAGGUCGUGCACCUUUACCCACAAAGACUGGCCAGUAUGGUGCACCACCUUCAGUCUAACCGAGGCAUGA